AUGGAGAAGCAGGACAAGCGACCAAGAUGGACGACAGUUGUGAGGCGCGGAAAAGCGGCGCCGCAACGGGAGGCCCCAGCCGCCCGGAAGCGACCUCUUCCUGGUUCUGAAGCUCUUCAAAGACCUCCGCCGACUGUCCUCGCGAAUGCUUCUUCGAGUGAGCAGUGGGCUGCUCACUGGCCUUUGCUGCCGAAAUCUCAAAAUGUUGGACGAAGGGCGGGAACCGAGACAGUCACCCAAAAUGACUGCGUCGAGCCCCCGCAGCGACUGGAAGAGGCUCGCCAGCAGUCUGCCAUGUCGGCUUCCACAGAUGCUGAAGACAGUCCUGAAGGCCUUGUAAAGUCUUUGGAGGAAACUGCAAGUCAUGGGAAACGCGAGCCACAAGCUGCUGCUUGCGAGUUGGAAAACGCAGAGCGGCAACAGGAGCAACGCAGAGAACUGGCCGCACUUGCUAGUCUAUCAAACAAGAUCCAGCAGCCACAGCUUCUUCAAAAUGCCAACUUGAAGUUUUCAACUGUGAACAUUGUCUGCUCCAACCCACGGCUCUACAGAGCAGAACGGGGAGCGGCGGCCUCAGUGUUCAACUACAGUGGAGAACGAGCAGCCCCGGGUGAACUAAUUCAUGCAGCGCAAUUUGUGCUCAAACUGUUGGAGGCCAAAGCGCGCAGAGAUGAGUUCAUGAAAAGAGCGGACGAAGCUCUUCUUACAGGCCCCUGCCGAGGCUUGAGCAAUCAGCAAGAGGGCAUUCAUGAAGCAGCAACAGUGCAGUCGAGCGCGCCUGAUUGCACCUCAAAUCCCGCCGGACAGCAGCAUGCUCUUACUAAUGAAGAGCUAGCAAGUUCUACGCUACAGAGAGAACUGCAAGAGUGCCAAAUUGAGGAAACUGCAUUCAUUGACUUCAUUCCUCAUGUUCUGCAUGCGUUUCGAGCCGUCAUAAGACGGUCAGCAGCCCCUGCUGACGCCCCGAUUUAUCAGCAGGUCAUGAAUUUAGAAGGCUUUCUCGUGGACGCUGCAGCCAACAGCGCAGCCGCUGGCGGCUCCGAACCAACUGAACAGCUGAAGGCCCACUUCCCUUUGGGUAAUCGAAGCGCGCAGCAGCUAAGCGUCCAGCACCUCAACGAGGCGACAACACAUGAAGACUCGACGCUGGAGCGGUUGGAUCGAAAACAUCAAGAAUUUAUUGUGCAGCAGAAAGAACUUUCUGCUCAACGAAGAGUCGGCGCGUUGGCGUGUUCCUCCAUUCGUGCACCAUUUCUGGUCAUACCUUCUCAGCUUCCUUCCCAUUCUACUCGCUUGCAAGAAAUCCUGCUUCACCCUACAUUUCCACUGCUGUUCAAUGGUCAGAAGGCGUUGAAGCAAGUGAAAACGGAUAGUGGCUCUGCAACCGAAGAGCAACGGAUGGAGGCACAGCAGGAAGGCCAGAGGGAUUUCAUACUGGAAAAUCACGUGCUGCACCGGCCUCACAAGAAGGAGCUUUCCAUCAACCCUAUUCAGAGGCCGCAGUCAGUGAGAAGUGAAGCAGCUAAGAAUUUCCACUUUGGGGAGGUGACGCCCGCGGACAGAAACUCAGGCCAUCCGUACCCCAGCUUGGGCUUUUUCCUAUGCCCUCAAUUGGACAGGUCUAUUCCCGGAGCGCUGGACAACCAUAAUAAUCAGGGCUUUUCUGCUUUCCCUCAACACUUCUCACAGACUGUAAACACAUGCGAUGUUGCCCAAGCAUACCUUGACUGCCGAAGAUUUGCACCGAACAGCGGACAGCCAGAUUGGCUUCAGGAAGAAGCCCCACCAACAGCGUUGAACGCUUCGGAGCCAUCAGUAUUGCACAGAAUCGCAGGCUUCUCCGAAUUAACUGCAAGCGGCUCCGUGGCCAAAGACCCAUUCGGGCGUGUUUGGCAGCCCAGCUUGCAUGAGUUUCAGACACAGUUAUGUGGUCAGCUUCAAAACAGAUGUGCACGCCAGCCCAUUCCCGCUGUACUACUGCACCAUGACAAAUCUAGUGAAGAGUGGUCAAGAGUCAACGCAAAACUCGGGGAGUGGAUGCCUCACCAAAGGUCGCUACAGCACUUGCAUUCACUUCUGACGAUUCCACCGCCGGCUCCUGGGCUUGCUGCUGGUAAACUUCAGGGUUGGUGCGGCAGCUGGUUUUGGCCGCAUUCACUGGCCAACUUAUUCGACCAGAACUAUAUUUCAGAAAGAACAGAAGCCGGGGGCCCUAUUGUGGCAAAUCAGCAACAUGGAAAGCCUGUUUGGGAUGUUCACAAUCAAGAUGCAGCAGAUUGGGCCACCUGCAAAAGACUCUUUUCGGGCGUCGUGUCCGCUUCUCACUUACAUGACGAACUUCACAAACAAGACUGCAGCUCGAGCACACAGCACAGCGGGGAUAAAGAGCUAGCGCAUCUCACACACAGCACAGGCGAUGUGCAACUUAGGGAUGAUAAGAGCAGCCGCAAGCUACCGCGUGCGCAGUGGGAGCGACUGAAGCAGCUGCGACAGCUAUCGGCGCAGCAGCGCGAGCCACGAACUUCGCAACACGAAAAACAACAACAAACAGGAACACAGCUUGAAGUGGCCCCUCGGCAGCAGCAGCAGCAACGCUCACAAAAGAAUCGGCAGCGACAGCGCAAGCCGCAGCAAGAACAGAAGCAGCCGCAGAACACACAGGUAGCUGAACCACUCAAAGUAUGA